AUGGCUUCUUCUCCAGCUUCCGAUGAUUUCAUCUUCUUCCCCGAGAAGAAGCCACGGAUCCACUACGACACGCUCGACAGCAGCCUCUUUAGCAGCGAUCUCGAUUUCGUGGGCGCCGCCACCGCCGAUGACAGCCACUUCCUCUUCUGCGAUGUGCCGCCAUUCUCGCCCUCGUCGAUCGGCGGCGGCGGAGGCGGCGGGGCGGUGGGCUGUGGCGGCGGCAAGCCGCGCAAGGAUCCGUCCAGCGAUCCAGUGUGGUUUGAAUUUGGGGCUAUUUGCGUGCCAAUCGACGAGGGCGAGGGCAAAGAAUUCCAGCUCCCGGGCUUCGAUGUCGAUGGCGGCGGCGGCGGCGAUCACAACCCGCUGGAUCUCAUCCGGGGCCAGCACAAGGCGCUGCUCGACGAGCUCGCGCUCAACGAAGCGCAGGGGCAAAUGGCGACCAUCGCCACGGAGCUGAGCGACAGGGUGGAGGUCAAAGUGUUCUUGAAGAAAGAACGCGGCGAGGAGCCGCUCGUCCUCAACGAAACGCUCCAGAGGAUGUUCCCGGGGGAUCUUUACUUGCAGCAGAGCUUGGCCGAGGUGGAGGAGAUGCGGCAGUGGGGGCGAUCCAGCACCGACUGGAUGUCCUUCUCGGGGCUCCUCCGCGACCUGGAGAACAACGUCUACUGCGAGGCGGAGCAGCCCAGCGGAUUGACGGUGCCGCUGCGCCCCUACCAGCUCCAAUCUUUGCAGUUCAUGCUCGACGCGGAGCAGCGAGAAGGCGGGCUUUUGAGCGUCAACUAUCAAGAGCUCCAUUGCCCACAAGAUGGAAGCCAGUUGAUGUACUCGUCAUCGCUCGCCCACCUAAUGGACUUCAAGGAAGGGGAGAUCCGUGGGGGGUUUCUUUGCGAGGAGAUGGGGCUUGGCAAAACUAUCGAGAUUUUAGCGCUCAUUCUUGCAAAUCCUUGCCCUGCUGAUCGGUGUGACACACCUCUAACAUCGCGAGGAACUUUAGUGGUUUGUCCGGUUUCGAUUGUUGGACAAUGGGCGAACGAGGUGAAAAGCAAAUUGGAUCCGGCAUGCAAUCGCAGCAUUUACAUGUACCAUGGUUCGAAAAGGAUUCGUGAUCCUAAGAAACUUGCGAAGUUUGAUCUUGUAAUCACGACGUAUGCAACACUGGGAAGCGACUUCAGUAAAGCAACGCAGGCAACGCGGCAUGGCUCAGAUUUUGCGGAACAAUUCUGUCCUCUUCUCAGCGUGGAUUGGUGGAGAGUCGUCCUAGAUGAAUCACACACAGUGAAAGAUCCAGCUCCAUUGCACUCCCGCGCCUGCACUAGGCUGAAAGCGAACCGCCGCUGGUGCUGUACAGGAACACCGAUCAACACCAGCAUAUACGAUUUGUAUGGCCAAUUCUUGUUCUUGAAGCUGGAACCUCUUGACAAUAAGAACGUUUUUAGGAAAAAGAUCGGGCGUCCGUACGAGCGGCACUGUAAGAACGACGACCAGACCGCAUUGUUGUGGACGCUAAACAAGAUUAUGGUGAGGCACACCAAGCAGCAGAAGUUCAACGGGAGGGAGCUGCUGAUGCUACCGCCCAAAACGGAGCAGGAUCUCCCUGUCACGUUCACUCCCGAGGAGCGGGCUGUCUACGAUGCGGUGUACCAGAAGGUGAUCACAAAGUUCGAGCAAUUUCGAUGUUGGGGCCCGACAGUCGUGAGCAAGAACAUCCUACAGAUAAUGUCGCUCCUGCUACCGCUUCGAAGGCUCUGUAGCGGAGGCUUUGUGUCCAAUGAAGAGCUUGUUCCCAUGGAGAAAAAGGAGGCGGCUGGUGCUUUCGUUAAUCCUAGCAUAGGAUCGCUGCCGGAGACGCAUGGCAUUGGAGAGUGUGGGAUUUGCUCGGAAUUGAUGGAGUACCCCACUAAAACACCAUGCGGUCACUGGUUCUGCUCGGAGUGCGUGAUCUCGGUUCUUGGUGUAGGGAUCCAACCUUGUCCAACAUGCUCCACUCCCAUAUCCGUGAACAACCUGAGGAAUGCAGCUACUGUUUCUUCGCCUGCCACGGAUAUCCCUCCAUUUGGAGCUGCUGGAGGAGAAGGUGGCGAAGAAGAACCCGCCCCUGUGAAAGGUGUCCGGAUGGAGUCCAAGUUGAGGACGCUGCUUGCGGAUCUGGCUGCGAUUAGAGCCGACAACAGUGGCGCCAAGGUGUUGAUCUUCAGCCAGUUCAUGCAAACAGUCGCGUGGCUCAAGUGUCAGUUCAAGAAGCAAGGAAUCAACUAUAGGUUCAUCAGUGGGGACAUGCCAAUGAAGAAGCGAGCACAAGCCAUCGAAGCUUUUCAAAAGGAGUCUCCUACCACCGUCUUCUUGUUGUCGAUACGAACCGGUGCCGUGGGCAUAACACUCACGGCCGCUUCUCACGUUUACAUGCUAGAACCAUGCCUCAAUCCAGCGCUCGAAGAGCAGGCUGUGGGGCGGUGCUGGCGGAUGGGCCAAGAACGCCCCGUUGUAAUCAAAAGGCUCUACGUUGAGAACUCCGUGGAAGCCAACAUUCUAAAGCUCUUCCGGAGUAGAAAUUUCGGGAGCUCGGCUCUAUCACCGGAUGGAGAGAACCGAGGCUCCAAGACGGGCAAGGCUGGACUGGAUGUCGCGGGAUGCAUUCGGACGGACAAGCAAAACCUCCGGCUAAACGAGUUUGAGCUUCUCUUCUCGUAGAAGAAAAGUAUUCUUUAGUGUCACUGGAAAAAUUCUAUGUUCAUACUUGGAAUAUUCUCGGUAUCAAAUCAUUCCAAGAACCCUAA